ACUAAACAGGGGUGUGGCAACACAGAAGCUCUAUAAAUAAAAGCAUGGCAAGAAUUUCAUUCAUAACAUAGACAAUCCCCACUGAGUUGCAGCACUUUCAAACCAAAGCUACCUGGCAGGCUCAGCAUGUUCAGAUCACUCCCACUCCAUCGACUUGUACCCUGCAUGCUGCUGUUCCUCAUCUCCCUCUCCAGCUCAGGCGAGAGCUGGCCUCACAUGGCCCAUGUAGGCGCACCUGAUGUGGACAGAAAGGACAGCCAAAGGGUCCUGCUUCUUGAGGCGGUGAAGAAAGGGAUCCUCAAAUCAGUAGGUAUGGACAGGGAGCCCAGGCCAGCCCAAAAGGCCUCUGAGACAGAGCUGACGAAGAUGUAUCAGCUCUACCGCGAAAAACUGAGAGAGAUGAGAGGAAACUCUAGCCAGAUGAUGAAGGAAACCUGGGAAUCCACCAUGUCUACUGUGCUCUUUCCAGCUACAGAUGAGCCAAUAAAAGUGUGUUGGAGGGGUGGACAAACAACGUCAGGUCAACGCAUGCAGUGGCACAGAGCUGUUUUCCUUAAGAGCCCCAAUAUCCAGACUGAACUGACACUAGCUAAGGCUGAGCUAAAAAUUUCCAGGCAGGUUUUUGACAAACCCACAUCAGUUCAGCCUGAGGUGAGACAAGAGAUUAAAGUUAAAGUCAACAGGAAGAAGCCAAUGAAUUCUGCUGCAUGGACACACAUAAACUCACCAGACCGUGUCAAUGUGUCAAGGGUUCAAGAUUCGAUACUAGACAUCAGCCCUGAGGUGGAGAAGUGGAUAAGGACUGAUGGUGGCCAGGCACUGAUUGUGGAUGUAGGGAUAACUGUAGGUGGAAAAGAUACCCCAGAGGCAAAUCCAACCAUUUCUCUGGAGUUAGGCCUUAUCAAGCCCAAACCAGCCCGGAGGAUAAGAGUGCCCCGCUCCAACAAAGAAGACGUUUGCGAUGAACGAGGAUGGUGCUGCCGGAAGUCUGUGACCGUGUCCUUCAAAGACAUUGGCUGGACGGACUGGGUCGUAGCCCCAGCUGAGUACACGAUGCAUUUCUGUGAUGGGACCUGCCCCCACAACUACAAGCCAGCGAGCAUGCACACACAGGUGAAGUCUCGGCUGCACCAGAUCACCAAAGGAGGGACCCCUGGGCCGUGCUGUGUGCCAGCAGCCUAUGAGCCUAUGGUUCUCAUGCACUAUGACAGUAGGGGAAAAUUAAAGCUGACUCCUUUCGAUGACUUGAUUGUCAGUAAAUGUUACUGUGCCUGAGGGAAAAAAAUGCAAAUGACAUUUUUUUUAACAUUACCACCUGAAAAAUAGGUCACAUGGUGGAAAAAAACUGACACGUUCUUAAAUUUCCAUUGCAAUUAUUCGCUAUUACUUUAUUGUAAAAAUGAAAAUACAAAAUGUGUUUUGACUGGA